CUAAGCCAUGACUAAACCUCCUCCAUUUUCUCUCACGGCAUUUGGCUGUGUCCUAUUCUUCUUAUCCUCCUCUGUUGUUUUAGCACUCACCGACGCAGAAGCCUCGUUCAUUGCGCAGCGACAGCUCUUGACAUUACCUGAGAACGGCGAUCUUCCUGAUGAUAUCGAGUAUGAGGUCGAUCUCAAGGAGACGUUUGCCAACAAUAGGCUUAAAAGAGCUUAUAUAGCUCUCCAAGCAUGGAAAAAAGCAGUCUAUUCAGACCCGUUUAACACCACCGGAAACUGGCAUGGUCCGCACGUGUGUGGCUACACAGGCGUGUUUUGUGCACCGGCUCUUGAUGAUCCUAGCGUCGCGGUUGUGGCCGGCGUAGAUCUUAAUGGUGCAGAUAUUGCGGGACAUUUACCCGUUGAGCUUGGUUUGAUGACGGAUGUGGCCAUGUUCCAUUUGAAUUCGAACCGGUUUUGUGGUAUCAUACCCAAGAGUCUGGAUAGGUUGAAGUUAAUGUAUGAGUUCGAUGCCAGCAACAACCGUUUCGUCGGACCUUUCCCUUCGGUUGUCCUUUCGUGGCCGGCUGUUAAAUUCAUCGACCUUAGGUUCAAUGAUUUCGAAGGUCAAGUCCCUCCUCAGCUUUUCAAGAAGGAUCUCGAUGCCAUUUUCUUGAACAACAACAGAUUCACUUCCACCAUUCCUGAGUCUCUUGGAGAAUCCUCAGCUUCCGUCGUGACCUUCGCUCACAACAAAUUCAACGGUUGUGUCCCUAAAAGUAUUGGGAACAUGAAGAAUCUCAACGAAAUCAUAUUCAAGGACAACCGUCUUGGAGGCUGUUUCCCAUCGGAGAUCGGGAAGCUAGCCAAUGUGAACGUUUUUGAUGCUAGCAUGAACUCGUUCACGGGUGUUUUACCGCAGAGCUUUGUUGGGCUUACUGGCGUCGAAGAGAUUGAUAUCUCUGGAAAUAAACUCACUGGGUUUGUGCCGGAGAAUAUCUGCAAGUUGCCUAAGUUGGUUAACUUGACGUACGCCUACAAUUACUUCAACGGACAAGGUGAUUCGUGUGUCCCAGGUAGUCAGAAGGAGAUUGCAUUGGACGAUACACGUAACUGCUUGCCAGAUAGGCCUAAACAACGGUCGGCCAAGGAAUGCGCGGUCGUGAUUAGUCGUCCCGUUGAUUGUAGUAAGGACAAGUGUGCUGGUGGCGGUUAUAGUCCCUCUACACCAUCGAAGUCGAAGCAACCAUCACCUGUGCCAUCUCGGCCUGUACAUAAUCCACAACCACCGAAAGAGUCACAAAAACCAAAUGACCCAUCUGACCAGUCUCCUGUGAAGUUCAGGCGUAGCCCGCCUCCCCCGCAGCCGCAUCACCCGGUGGUUUCUCCUCCGUCUCAUAUUCAGUCUCCACCGCCUCCGGUAUAUUCUCCACCGCCACCACCAAUUCAUUCACCACCACCACCGGUACAUUCUCCUCCACCACCAGUCCACUCACCACCACCGCCCCCACCAGUCCAUUCACCACCACCACCGGUACAUUCUCCUCCACCACCAAUCCAUUCACCACCACCACCGGUACAUUCUCCUCCACCACCAGUCCACUCACCACCACCGCCCCCACCAGUCCAUUCACCACCACCGCCGGUUCAUUCUCCACCCCCACCACCGGUACAUUCUCCUCCUCCGCCAGUCUAUUCUCCACCACCACCUGUCCACUCACCACCACCCCCAACACCAGUCUAUUCACCUCCAUCACCGGUUCAGAAACCACAAGCUCCGAAAGAGUCACCACAACCAAAUGAUCCAUAUGAUCAGUCUCCAGUGAAGUUCAGACGCAGCCCGCCUCCGCCACAUCAAUCACAUCCCCCAACGGUUUCUCCUCCACUUCCAGUCCACUCACCACCAUCACCUGUCCAUUCACCACCAACAGUGUAUUCAUCUCCAUCACCGGUUCAGAAACCACAACCUCCAAAAGAGUCACCACAACCAAAUGAUCCAUAUGAUCAAUCUCCAGUGAAGUUCCGACGCAGCCCACCUCCGCCACAUCAAUCACAUCCCCCAACGGUUUCUCCUCCAGUUCCAGUUCAUUCUCCACCGCCACCGGUAUAUUCUCCUCCACCACCAGUCCACUCACCACCACCACCGGUACAUUCUCCUCCACCACCAGUCCAUUCACCACCACCACCGGUAUAUUCUCCUCCACCACCACCGGUACAUUCUCCUCCACCACCAGUCCAUUCACCUCCACCGCCAGUCCAUUCACCUCCACCACCCGUUUAUUCUCCACCGCCGCCACCACCAGUCCAUUCACCACCACCACCGGUAUAUUCUCCACCGCCACCAGUCCACUCUCCUCCACCACCAGUCCAUUCACCACCUCCACCAGUCCAUUCACCUCCACCACCACCGGUAUAUUCUCCCCCGCCACCAGUCCACUCUCCUCCACCACCUGUUCUCUCCCCACCGCCACAGUCUUCACCGCCAAUUCAAUCUCCACCACAAACACCGGUCAACUCUCCUCCCCCACGAACACCGACACAGACCACAGAGGCACCACCUCCAAGUGAUGAAUUCAUCAUACCACCAUUCGUUGGUCACCAAUAUGCAUCGCCGCCACCUCCAAUGUUUCCGGGUUAUUAAUAUUAGAGAGAUUUAAUUCUAUAUUAUGAAUCGCGUCGUGAGAGAGAAAAAAAUGAUCAGAAAACUUGAGCAAGACAAAAGAAGAAAAAAAUGAUGGCAAUGUAUCCAAGUAGCAUUAACUCCUUACAAAGAAUCAUAUGAAGUUUGUGUAGUAACAAUUAACAACAUCUUUUUUGGUACAUGAAAGAUUUUACAUUUUUAAAA